ACGCUAAAUUUGAUAGAAAGACCUGGAAGACUCCGAUAUAGAUGGUCAAAUGAACCUAAAUACGAGUACAUUCCUCGAAAAGAAAUGGGAGUUAGAACAAAUUUCUUUUUGUUGCUAAAAAUUUUAAGAAUAGUAAUUCAAUUCAGUUCUACAGAAGGCAGGUCUGAUCAGA